AUGAAUCAACAGAAUGAUUAGAUAGUCUUAUAAGUUGGAGAAUCGAAAAAUAGUAAAAAAGUUGGUAAAUGGGAUAUUAUAUACAAAGAAAAAUUAAUGUAAAUUAUCAAAUAUAACAUUGUUAGUGGUGGAGGAUCAUAUGAUGAAGAAGGUAAUGGCAUUAAAAUUGGAAAAUGGAUUGAAAUAAAUGGAGGAUUUAAUCAAGGUUCAUAAGUAAUAUUUAGUGGUGAUUACAAAAAUGGCAAUAAAGUUGGUAGAUGGGAUAUACUAUUUAGGAGGGAUGAAGAUUGUCCAUUUAUUUUUAUGUACAUAGAAUAUAAUUGUUCUUUUAGUGGAGGUGGGUAAUAUGAUGAGGAAGGUUAGGGUUUGAAAAUUGGAGAUUGGAUUGAAACAAAUGAAUUAUUUAUGGAUGGUUCAUAAGUAACAUUUAAUGGUCAAUAUAAAAAUGGAAAAAGACUUGGUAGAUGGGAUAUAUUAUUUAGGAAUUUUGAAUAUAACCCAUUUAUAUAAAUGUAAAAAAUAUAUAAAUGUUGCUUUUAGUGGAGGUGGAUACUAUGAUGAGGAAGGCUUGGGUUUGAAAAUUGGAAAUUGGAUUGAAAUAAGUGAUGGAUUUAUGGAUGGCUCAUAAGUAGCAUUUAAUGGUGAAUAUAAAUUUGGCCAAAAAGUUGGUAUUUGGAAGAUUUUGUAUAGGAGUAGCGACGAUAAUCCAUUUUCAUAAAUGUAAUCUAUUGAAUAUUAUGUAUUAAUAAUUUUUAGUGGUGGUGGACAGUAUGAUGAAGAAGGUAAUGGAAUGAAAAUAGGAAGUUGGAUUGAAAUUAGUGAUGAGUUUAGGAAUUAAUCAUAAGUAAUAAAUAACGGUGAUUAUCAAAAUGGUAAAAAAGUUAGUAGAUGGGAUAUUUGGUAUAGGGAUAAUGAUGAUGAAUUGGUUAGUGAAAAGAUGUAAAAAUAUUUAUCAAUAUUGUAGUGGAGGUGGGUCAUAUGAUGAAUUUGGUGCUGGGAUGAAAAUUGGGAAAUGGAUUGAAUUGGAUAAUCGAUUUUAUAAGGAUAAAUAAGUAACUUUUAUUGGUGAAUAUAAAAAUGAUAAAAAGAUUGGUAGAUGGGAUAUUUUAUGGAGGUAUUACAGCAGCGAUCCAUUUUCAUAGAUGUAAUUAAUAUUAUUCAUAGUGCGAUAAAAUCAAUAUUUUAGUGGUGGUGGAUCAUAUGAUGAUAGAGGUGAUGGCAUGAAAAUAGGUAGAUGGAUUGAAUUAUAUGAUGGAUUUAAAUGGAAUACUUAAGUAAUUUGGGAUGGUGAAUAUAAAUAUGAGAAAAAAUUUGGUAGAUGGGAUAUUUAAUAUAAAAGAAAUAAAUAUACACCAUAUUAAUAGAUGUAAAAAUAUAUUUAAAACCUUUUCAUCAAUAUGUUAGUGGCGGUGGAUAAUAUGAUGAAGAUGGUAUGAAGAUUGGGUAAUGGGUUGAAUUAUAUGAUCUUUUUGAUGAUGAUUGGUAGUAUACUUUUUGUGGAGAAUAUAAAAAUGGUAAAAAAGUAGGUAUUUGGGUUGAAUUAGAUAUCAGGAAGAAUGAGAAACGC